CUGAGGUCCCCAACUUCUGACUCAGCACAAGCUCAUCUUUGCAUUGACCUGGAACAAUAGUGACUGUAAAAAACUCACAACUCUGGUCAUGCAGAUCCAAAUACUGAGUGAUCUCCAUCUCGAGAUAGAGCGUCCAAGUAGGACAGAACCCGGACAGGAGUUUUACCACUACGACUCCAUCCCGGUGAAGGCAGAAACUCUUGCCCUUCUGGGAGAUAUUGGGUGGACCGUGGAGCCCAGGCUUUUUGAAUGGCUCGAAUCGCAACUGAAACGGUUUACCACCAUCUUCUUUGUCUCUGGGAAUCAUGAACCUUACAGAUCAACUGUUGAUGAAUCGUCCAAUGCCCUGCGAGCCUUCGCCACCCGUGUCAACGCCGAUUCAUCCCUUGGAACCUUCAUCUUUCUCGACCGCACGCGCUAUGAUGUCUCACCAACUCUCACCAUACUCGGAUGCACCCUAUGGUCAUCUCUGAACCCCGAUGACCUUGAUAUCCUCUCUUGGUCCCUCACCGACUUCCGCCGCAUUGAAGGCUUCAAUCCGGAGACUUAUUCAGCGCUGCACAACGCUGACCUAGCCUGGCUGAAUUCAACCGUCUCCUCCAUCGCAAGGGACGAGCCAGAACGAAAAAUUGUCAUACUCACUCAUCAUGCACCGACGAAGGAUGGGACGGGUGAUCCCAAGUUCAAUGACGGGCCGACUAACUCUGCGUUCGCUACGGAAUUGACGGUAGAGGAGUGCUGGAAGAGUGGAAGGGUCGCGCUAUGGGCAUUUGGACACACGCACUGGUGUUGCGACUUUGUCCGGGAUGGUGUCCGGGUUUAUGCCAAUCAAAGGGGGUAUGGUGAAGGACGAGAUGACUAUGACGCAGGAAAGGUGAUUGAUAUUUGAUAAUUGGGAAAUACUGGAGGGCAGUGGAUCGUUUGUGAAUAUUAUAUUGGUAAUCCACAGCUGGGGACGAGGUCGGGUUGUUCGUUAUGUCUAUCGUCUCCAAGUCAGAACCGUCGACGGAUAUUGUAUUACUGAUAUCAG